AGAGAGAGAAUGAAAAAUGAGAGACAGAGAGAAAGGGAGUGAGAGAGAAGCAAGGGACCUGAGGAGGGAGCAGAAAUCUCUCCUGUGAGCAAGUUCGUAAGAUGUAUUUCAGUGAAUUUGAUGCUCAACGUCUGUUGAUGUCUGGACUGAUCCUGGACUGAUCCUGGACUUAACUCAAUGUAACUUCUGGACUUUUACAUGCAUCCUGUGGAUCAAUGGACAUUAUUUCACUGUCUUUUCACACGGCAAGAACUAGGAGGCUAUGAAAUGAAGGGUUGUGGUAAAGCUAAUCGCAAAGGCCCCAGCAACAAAUCCACUUCACUUUGACCCUUCAAUAAAGGGACUAAUAGUACAAAAUGGCAUCAGUGACGGCAAACCUCAGCUUGCCCUGGGGUGUCGGUGUGCUAAUCAAUGUUUCUAAUCACACAUCAGCUGGAUCUCCAGGAGUGACUCGUUCUCCAGAGCCUCCCUGCACCAUGUGCUGCUGUGGAUUACUGAACCGUACACUGACUGUAGCGUUUAUGGUCGGCCUGGCCUUCGCCAUUGUCAUCGGCAACAUGGUGACGCUCACAGUGUUCAUGCAGACGCGCCAGUCCCGCACGCCACAGGGCUACCUCAAAGUAUCUCUGGCCAUAGCUGACAUGAUGGUCGGCAUGGUGGUGGUGCCAUUCUCCAUUUACACUGAGAUAUCCAUCAUGGUGAACAGCACCCCUCCUAUGUGGUACCAGAGUGGAUCUAUGGUCUCAGCACGAGAUCUUUCCAGCUCCUGGCAGCCCUGCAUGAUGAUCGGCCCAAUGUUCGCUGGCUGCACUUUCGUCUCUAUCAGCACUAUCUUCUUGAUGACUGUGGAGCGCAGUGUGGCCAUCUUAUGGCCAUUACAGAAAGAUACACUCGUGACCCGGCGGCGGACUUUGCUCCUGAUCCUCGCCUCGUGGACUGGCAGCUUCCUGCUUGCGGUGUCGCCCCUAAUCUUAAGCAGCAGCUUUACUAUGGAGUACAACGAGUGCAGUCGGAUGUGUAUCUAUGUCCCGCUCGUGGUGGGUCUUCAGUUGCCGGCUGACACCAACAUAUUGCUGCUAUUUCCAGCCUUUGACUUCACACUCCUGGGCAGCACUUUGAUUGUUAACAUUCUGUCGUUCACUAGAAUCUGCCGCUACACACGCAAGCGCAAGCUCCUCUCAGAGGGGCUUGAGGGAGGCGCAAGCACCUGCUCCUACAAACCCUCCUUUUCAGACAUCAAGGCAGCCAAAACUAUUGGCAUCCUCACCUUUGCUUUUUCCGCUUCAUUCUCACCCAUUGCCAUCUUUGUGCUGGGCGAUGUGGUUGGCUACACCUGGUGCAACUUCUCCUUCUUCGCCUUCUGGAUCCUGGCAGGGAACAGCUGCUGUAAUGUGAUUAUCUACAGUAUCAGGGAUCAUCGCUUUAGGAAAGGGGUGUCGCUUCUUUUUCAUAGGGACCGUUCGCCACCACACUCUGAGAAGAGCUAACAUUUCCAAGUAUAGACUCAAUCCCAGGUCUACCUACAUCACCUACAUUUUUUGAUUCCUGAUCAUGUGCCCAUGAGGAUAGUGGGGUCCUUUCAGGAAUUUUUUCACCUGGCUUUUGAAAAGCCAAAAAACAAAUCAACUCCAGGGAUCGUGGCUGGAUUUGCUUUUUGUAUAUAAAGAAUUGUUGUUAUUGCUGGUUAAAUUUUUAUUAUAGAUUUGUCAUGACAUCAUUGUUGAGUGGAAUAUUUAUUCCAUUUUACAAAGACAUGCCUGGGGAAACCUUUCACACGGUCAAAUUUUUACUUCUUUUUUUUUUUUAACUAGAAUAUAUAGUUACUGAACUGAAAUAUGUUGCAAUUUUGUAAGUGUAUCCAUCAGUAGUAACGAUCUAACAUUUUAAAGUCUGGUUACACAACGUGAUCUUUUCAGUCAGACGCCAAGGCAAUAAAACUUUUCCAUGUAGUCGUGGUUAAAUAUAUUUACGUUUUCUUUUCUAAUUUAAUACAGCAACUUUCUUCAAUGGAAGGGAUAAGACUCAUGGAAAAUCUGACCUUUUGUACAAAGAACUUAACAAAUCACUAAUUUGCUUAGAUUUAAAUAGAGACCUAUACAUAGUGCAGAAUCUUGAAUGUUGAAUAAACAACAUGUUGCACAUCUCCUUUUUUGUUGUUUUAGAAUUUUCUAAAUUCUAAAAACUUUCUGUUUAUUUUCAGUUUUAAAAAAAAUCCCAGAUUUCCAAUGGGUCUCAGACUUUUGGACCCCACUGUAUAUUACCUGCAAAAAUAGGCAAAAUUUUUCAUACAUUUUUCAAUUUUAGCUAUUUUCCAGAAUUCAACCGGAGUGACGUGUAAGAGGUUUUCUUGAACUGACACACAUUUCAGGUUGCUACAUUUCUGAUACUGAAAAGAAAAAAAAAUUAAAUCAGCAUCCAAACCUCAAAAGUCUAAAGUCUAUGUCAAAGGAAAUCACAUUUUAGGAAUCAUUUAACUAUUCCAGAAUAAUGUAUAUUAUCAACUUUAUUUAAUUUCGAACCAGAAAAUUGUACAGGACAUGAUUUAUUUAUUAUUUUUAUUUAUUGUGAAUUAAUUUUUGCAUUGUUGGUUUUGUAUGAGCUGAUUUUUACAGACUUUUAUGGAUGUUUAUUUUCUAAUUAGUCCUAAACAAUUGUCUUUUAUUUGCUGUUAUUAAAGGAAUUUUGCUGCAUUCUUAAGUGCAUGACUUAACUCUUAACUCUUAACUUAAGUCGAACUCGGACUCAAACUCAGUGUUUUUGAGCUACAAUGUAGGAAAAAACAUGGACGCGUCCAUGAAACUGUGUGUCUUGUUAGCAACAAGCUAGCCAGAUAACAUUACUGAUAAGUUUAUGCUGUAUUUAUUUUCAAUACAGCUAACUAUAUGGUCAGUGUAAUAGAUUUAACCCCAUUGUGUUGAUUGUUGCUUGUUGAUUGAGCUAAAGUAAAUACUAUUAGAAACUAAUUUCAAGUUUGGUCAGUCUUUACGCAGUGUAAACAUUGCUUUAUUUGCUAUUGAUAGUGUGAGCAGCCAUGUUGACAUGACAUCAGAUUCUGAACUUGCAGUUAAGAAGACCUUGCAAAGUUUCUGUGGUUUCGGUGGCGUUUUCUUUGGUGUUUCCUAGUCGGAAGUUGGAAAUUCCAAAUGCAGCAUUAUCCUGAAUAUCGGGAACCAUUUUCAUGGUGUAACAGUCAGGAUCAAAAAGACACAGUUGCCUUGUAUAUGUUCACUGUUUUUGAAUUGUCAUGUUAUAGAACCGGAAGCGUAAAAAUAAAAAUAAAAAACUGGUACAUUACAUCCAUUUCAAUCUAUUUACACGGUGAGUGGAUUACUGUAUUAGUAAUGUAUUUAUAUUUAUAUUUCAUAUUUAUAAUUGUCCCCAUUAGCCACUUAUAUUUUUUCAAAACUGUCUAUACUUCAUGAAAUGAUGUACUGUGUAUGGAAAAAAUAUUCAAAAGUCAUCACAACCACAUAUUUAAAUCUACAUCUAUAGAUCUUUCAUAUUAAAUGUUCUCAGAACAAAAGAGAAAAAGGUUUUGGCUAAAGUGUUGAAGUUUCAGUGAGUAUCUUUGCUGUGGUUCUUAGAAUAUUUCAUCGUUCAUGAGAUGAUGACGUGUGUGUUUGGGACAUGUGUUUGGGUUUUUUUUGUUUUUUUUUUAAAUACUCAAAUAAAUGUCAACAUUUGAGAAACUUGAAAGGCUUUGUGCACUCGAUGAAGCUAAUGU